AUGGGUGUUUGUGGAUCCAAGGAAGGAGACUCCUCUCCGCCAAAAGCCCCCGCAUCCAAUGGGGCAGUGAACACCGUUGAGAAACAACAAUCCACUCAGAACAAAAGCAAACCAAAGCAGGAAGUCAAAAUGCUGUUGCUAGGGUCUGGAGAGUCCGGUAAGAGCACUGUUCUCAAACAAAUCAAAAUUCUCCACCAGGACGGGUUUUCCAAGCGCGAACUCUACGAUUUCAAGCCGUUUGUAUUCAAGAACAUAAUCGAAUGUGCGCAAUCGCUGGUCCGGGCCAUCAAACAGUUCAAUGCCGAGUCCGAACUAAAAACGCUCACGCCUCAGCAGCUAGACGCCAUUGAUGCCUACGAGACCGCCAUGGACGACACCACGGAGCAGUUCAAUGUCGAAGUGGCGGGCCUUAUCAAGAAGCUUAUCAGAGAACCGGUCGUCAACAAGCUGCUGGAAGAGAAACGCAACGAAUUCUACAUUCUGGACUCCGCUCAGUAUUUCUUUGACAACAUCGACCGCAUUUUUGCCGAAAACUAUCUUCCAACCGUGGAGGAUGUGCUCAGGACUAGGAAACAGACCUCCGGAAUAUACGACACCAAGUUCCAGCUGGAAGACAUCAACAUUCAUCUAUACGACGUGGGUGGACAGAGGUCAGAAAGGAAGAAGUGGAUCCACUGUUUCGACAACGUCACUGUGAUCAUGUUUUGCGUUGCGCUUUCUGAAUACGAUCAGGUCCUGCUGGAGUCGAGCAGCCAGAAUAGACUGGAGGAGUCUCUAAAUCUAUUUGACUCUGUGGUCAACUCAAUGUGGUUCCGGCGCACAUCUAUCGUUCUGUGCCUGAACAAAAUUGAUGUCUUCAUCGAGAAACUGCCUCGCUCGCCGCUCGAGAACUACUUCCCCGACUACGUCGGUGGAAACGAUGUGAACAAGGCUGUCAAGUACAUUCUCUGGCGGUUCCGUCAGCUCAACCGUUCCAACGUGAACAUCAUGCCGUACGUUACGCAGGCAACUGACACCAAUAACAUGAAGCUGGCUUUCGCAGUGGUGAAGGAAACAAUUAUCCACAAUGCCUUGAUGGACAGUGGGAUACUGCAGGCGUGA